UUUAAAGUGUAGUAGUCUGAUGACCUCUCGCAUGCAAACUCAUCCCAGCGUGAAGCGGCACCUCAGCGCGCGAGAAGCCGACACUAGAGACGAUGGUCCAGCUCGGAUAGCACACUCCACACUCCUACUACAGCCACUAACGGUGGUACCGUAGGCUCCUCCCACAAGCACCCCCCUGGUGUGUCCCCGCCGCCGUAAGUUGUUCGCCGGUUGUGGUUGGACAUCUCUCCGUCAGGACCCACAGUUAGACAAACGCACCAGCCAGGACAGUCGCAUGACCAACAUGGCACCGGACAUCCACGGCAACGGGGCAACUGAGAAGACGCCGUCACUGGAGAAAAUGGACGUCGGGGACGGAGACGGGGAAGAGUCGGUGAAGAUGAAAAAGAGGGUGACCCUGAUGAACGGGGUCGCCAUCAUCGUCGGCACCAUCAUCGGCUCGGGGAUCUUCGUGUCGCCGGUCGGCGUGAUCGCGAACUGCGGGUCGGUGGGCCUGUCGGUGAUCGUGUGGGCCAUCUGCGGGGUGGUCACCGUCAUCGGCGCGCUGUGCUUCGCGGAACUCGGCACCAGCAUCCCCAAGUCGGGAGGAGACUACAUCUAUGUCCUGGAGGCGUUCGGGGACGCCUUCGAGGGCUGCGCCGGGCGGUGCUCGUCAGCGGGCAUGCAGAAGUUCUGGCGACACUUCGGUAAACUGCUGGCCUUCCUGUGCCUGUGGAUCAACCUGCUCAUCAUCAGGCCCACCACACAAUCUAUCGUGGCGCUCACCUUCGCCAACUACAUCGUCAAACCGUUCUUCCCGACGUGCGAUGCGCCCGACUCUGCCAUCCGGCUUCUGGCUGUUCUAUGUCUCGUGACGUUGACAUUCAUCAACUGUGCCAGUGUCCGAGCCGCCACACGUGUACAGGACAUCUUCACGGUGGCGAAAGUGUUAGCUCUCAUCCUCAUCAUUAUCUGUGGCUUUGUACAGAUUGGCAAAGGUGAAGCGGAAUACCUGAGGCCAGACAAAGCUUUUGAGGGCACAACAAGUGACGUGGGCUCAAUAGCUGUGGGCUUCUACUCCGGACUCUUCGCCUAUGGAGGCUGGAACUACCUCAAUUUCGUCACAGAAGAGCUACAGAACCCAUUUGUAAAUCUUCCAAGGGCCAUCAUCAUUGGUCUAUCGCUGGUGACGGGAGUCUAUGUUCUGAGCAACAUCGCGUACUUCACGGUGUUGUCGCCGGCGCAGAUGCUUGCUGCUCCCGCCGUGGCCGUCGCUUUCGGCGACCAGCUCCUCGGUGUGAUGUCCUGGAUCAUUCCAGUGGCCGUGGCCUUGUCCUGCUUUGGAGGGGUCAAUGGCUCUCUUUUCACUUCCGGAAGGUUGUUCUUUGUUGGUGCACGCGAGGGUCAUCUCCCUGACGUCAUGGCCAUGAUCCACACACGGAGUCUGUCUCCAGUACCGGCUCUCAUCUUCACGUGCACGUUGUCGGUGAUCAUGCUGGUGUCAGACGACAUCUUUGUCCUGAUCAACUACGUCAGCUACAUCUGGUACCUGUGGUUCGGCAUCGCCACUGUCGGCAUGAUCAUGCUGAGGUACCGCAGACCGGACAUGCCGAGGCCGUACAAGGUCCCACUCGCGCUUCCAAUCAUCUUCCUGCUUGUCUGCAUCUUCCUGGUGGUUUUCUCAUUUGUACAAAUCCCGUACGAAUGUCUCUUCGGUACCAUCAUCAUGUUGUCGGGCAUCCCCUUCUACUUCGUCGGCGUGUACUGGGAAAACAAGCCAAAGUUCCUCACAAACUUCCUAGAGUCCUUCACAUACUACUGUCAGAUGACGCUAAGCGUCGUGCCACAGCACACCUACGGAUGAGGAACAACCCGUGGAGACCGAAGCAGAAGAAGCUCAAGACGCAACAAUGUGGCCGUUAAAUUUUGGGUGACGGUGGUGGUGUUGUGUGUUGUGUCAAAUCUGUGUCCUUCUGAGAAGUUCUAAGUCUAUCGCGUCCUGAAACUGUUUGCUCUUCUCAGUAUCUGCUUGUCUGCUGUGGUCGUUGCUUUGCAGCUGGAGGAGAUGCACGUAUUUUGACCGCAUCAUCCUUUGAUAUAGCCUGGUAACCAUUCUCCAUAAGCCGGGUGGGGUUUUCCUGUAACCAUUGGUCUUUCUCAGCCAGCCUAUCUUUCCAGCCGGCUGGCCUUUGUUAUUUCUGUAGCGUAGUAAUUGAAACGAAAUCCGUAAAAAUGACCGGUGUACGUUUAUGAACAGGGCGGGCGCGCAACACUCCCAGCAUCGUGCUGGUACACAGAAACUCCCGGGCCCGAUGGUAUAUGGUUACCAGGCUAUCUUUGAUGCUUUAAUUGUGAAUUUUCCUCCCCUCAUGAGAUGUAGUGUUCUGUUCGCUGGGGAGAUACGGUUGUGUGUCUCGUUUUCUCAUUUGGUGGCAAAUAUGAGCUCUGCAUUAUAUUAUUGCUGGUGAGCAAAAUUCUUCUGUCACGCUAUGCAUGCACUUGUCACUACUCCAGCGCAUUCUCUUUUUCAGAAUCUGUUACAAAAUACUGCCAGCUCUCCCUUAAUAUAAUACCGCUGCCCAACUGAGGUGUUCCAAGCGCUCUGGCAUCUGCAUGGUAGAGGUGUCUGCAGCGCCUGUCUUCAUCCUAGCGACUUCAUUGAGUAUUGCGCCACAAGGCGCAUGAGUUGACUACCCUGCCUACAACAUUAACUCGACACUAGUGCCUAGACCAAAAAUAGAUCACACCAAAACUAGUUGUUACCGAAUAAUUGGUGUAGUAUCUUGUAGAUUUACCAUUAUACCUCAGUAGAUUGAAACAUGGGGUAGUACAGCAGGGCCAUGAGUAAUUAACAAGAAUUCUUGUAGUAUUUGUUACAAUAAUUCUAAGUCUUCUCUCUCUGCCGUUUUGGCAUCUACACGCUCUGCACUACAGAAAUAUAUUUCCUACGUGUGGAGGUUCAGAGGCACUUGUACAAAAUGAAGGGAAUUGUUAAAAUCCUACUUCAGUUUUUAUGCACCUUGAUGUGAUCGUUUUAUCACAAUACGUAAGUGCUGUAGCUCUCUCACAAGAGUACACCGAUUCGAACGAAAUUGUUUUGACUUCCCAGUAACCGUUGCAAGAAACGUCAUGGUAUUAGUAGAUUGCCUACUUUAUAACGGCAACUAUUUAUUUUUUUGCAUCUCAACAUUUUUUUCCUCAGAUAUUGAGGCUAGUCAAAGAAUCGGAAGAAGUAUUAUAGGCGUAUUACGUUACGUCAUCCAAUACUAUAUGGACCAAUUAAGAUGAAUUUGGGAACUUGCAUUAUCCAAGGCUUCUAUUUCAAACCUAAAUUUUGCCAAAUGUAAAUAAUUACUUUGAAAAUCUUUGAACUUUUUGAAGACCAAGAAUUUUGAUAUGAAUUUUAUUCAAGGUUUACUUUUGGUGCGUUCGAUUAUAUUAAGGUAUAGAAAGGAAGGGUCGGGUAUGUGGGAAAUGACCGGAUCACAUUGUAUCUCUUUGAAUAUGAAAAGAGUGAAUCCAUUCAAAUACAUAGGAAUAUUAUGUAAAGAACUUGUGCCGAAUCCAUGAAUUCUGAUGCUAACUUUACUUAAAUUGUAUAGCUUAAAGCAAUGGCUCUUCUUAUGAAUGGUCGGCUUGAAACGGAAUUUCAAGAAUGGCUUUUGCACGUCUGUGGCCUGCAUAAGAAAUGUGAAUAUGUUGUUGUUUCCAAGCAGAUGGGGGUUGGUACAGAUGACUGUUUCGGAUGUCUUAGUCUGGUAGUGUUAAAGAAAACUAUGUCAUCCGAAAAAAAUGUACAUCCUGCAACAUCUGGCUACAAAUCAGUUAUUAUCGAUUUUGAUGAAUUGAAAAGGAUGACGGGUAUUUCAAAUCCAGAGUAUUAAUUGUGAUGAAAUACACAUCUCAACUGAAUCUCGCGUAAAUGUACGAGACUCUACUAUAGUUGUUAAAUUAGUUAGAAAUGGCUGGCAUUUCACUUGCGUACUUCUCUACUUGUAUUUUUAUCGCGUUUUUGCCGCGGCUUUUUUUGUGAUAAAGAAAAGCAACAGAAUUUGUGUACUCAGAACAGUAAUGACGUUUGCACCCUUCUAAUCAAUGAGCAUUUUAAAAGUGACGUAUUAUAAAUGCCUACAUCUGAACUAACUCUAUUUCGCUUAUAUGCGUAUUACAAAGUUUGAUUAAGGAACGCUCUUGUCUCUGCAUUGUAUAUUCACUUCUGCUGCAAAAAUAAACGUAUCUUAACUGAUAGCCUCAGGAAGAACAAUGUAUAUGUUGACUGGGAGCAAGCGUCAAUAAAGAACACGUUUCGAAA